ACAAAAUAUAAUAAUAUUAUCUUUUAAUAAAAAUAAAAAUUUAAAUAAUUAAUAAUUACGCACCAUGCCAAAUCUAGAUAUCUUUAAGCGAACCUGUACAAAGGCUCUCCAAGUAUGGAAAGAAGUAGAUGUUACCCAAGCCGAAGUUGACGACGAACCAGACGAGGAACCUGAGGCUGAAGAAGAGCAGCUCGAGGAGUUACCAGUGGAUGAAGAACUUGAUUGCUGCAAAGUUAUGGCCGAAUUGGAGUGCAUGAAACGGCGCAUACAAAAACUACAGCUUCGUCUCAAGACGGAUGAUGUCUGCGAGCCAGAACCUUGCAUUAAUCUUGAGAUUGAAUUGAGUUGCUCUAAUAAUCCGGAAAUCUGUGCGCUACAAAAGAAUCAUCACAAAUUACAAUGUCAAAUCAGUGAGCUCAUAAGUUGUUGCAAUGUAGCCAAGGAUCAAAUAGAAGAGUUGCGUGCACGUAUGUGCCAGAAGUCACGCGAGAUCUUAGACCUGCAGAAGGCAGUGUGUCUAUUGGAGACUUGGCGGAAUAAAUUACAACAUGAAUUCGGAGUCUGUUAUGAACGUUUUCAAUACUUGAAGCACGUGAAAGCCGAAUGGGAAGAUGUGGAAAAGAAGAUUGAAGAACAGAAGCGUUGCUAUAAAGAGUUGGAAGACAGUUUUGUGCCGAAAGUGUGCUUCUUGAGGGAAAAACGUCAAUUUAUUGAUGAAAUUGAGGAAUUGCGUGAACUGCUCCAGGAGAUGUUUCACAUGCAGACGUCAAGGGUCGAUACAUUAGAGCAACGUAUGGCCAGCAUUGAGACGACUAUGAAAUGAAAACGGAAAAAUAUUAAAUUGUAGAAGUAGUGAUGCAUUUUUUCUGCAUCAAAAUUAUAUUAGAUACAUUUUUUGUGUUUUUUUUUUUUUGCUCUUUAAGCUACUCGCAACAAAAUCAAAUUUCCUGCACUAAUUAAAUUCUGCUGGGAUUAAAAAUACUUAGAGCGCUCAAUCUAAUUUGCCUGCCUCAUCAGCUAGCGCGGUCAGUGGAGGAAUUAAUAUACUUACAACAUUUCAAUUAGGUCGAAAUUUAUUUAGCAGCACUUAAUGCCACUUUAUACGGCGCAUUUCACUCAGCAUUCGGUCUACUUGAAGUAGUAAUUUCCAUUCAACCGUAACAACUUUCACAAUAAAAUUUAACUUUUUCUCUUCCUCAGCAUUUAAUUGCUCCCAUUUUACGUUCGCGUUUUAAUUUCUUUUGUUGGUUAUGUUUUGUGCCAACCCAGUCCUGCCCUGCCCUGCUCUCUCAUGCACUUAUACGAAUUUGUGCGCUUUACUAGCAAAUCUUUUCUGCUCACUUACUCACUGGCCCUUUUAUCUCUUCCCAGUCAGUUUUCAAAGUGCUUUCACUUUUUAUUUUAUUUCUAAACUGUGCUGGAGUUCGCUUUUAAUUGCCUUCAAUUGCCUCCCAAUUAGGUUUAUUAGAGCUUGAAAUUGUUUAUCGUACUUUGGUGGGUCAUUUAAUCAAUGCCGCAAUAAGAAUUAGAAUUCUAGGCUUCGCAAAACUUUGUGCAAAGAUAUAUAGAAAUAUAUGGUAGUUUUUCUUU